AUGUUUCUCAAAUAUUGCGAGCAAUGUGCGUAUGAUGCGAAAACAUCCCUCAAGAGCAAUGUUGUGGGGCAGUACCUGGAGAUGGGCGCAGAUGUUUGUGGCCGGAAGAACGGUGCUUCUGCUUUGCUCUUGCGACUUGGCGCAACGCCGAAGUUGGCAGAGCGACAGGGUGGAGGAUUAAGCCGAGGGCUCUGGAGCUUGUUGUUUGAAGGUCAAGAAAACUGGCGCUUGCACAGGACAGGACAGAUCGUCAAUGCGCCCUUGCGAUUUUUGGAAGGCGACCGAGUUCUUUGUCGGGUCGAAGCGCCUGGAAAUCUCACUACUUGGGAAGAAGGCGUAGUAGUAGGUCUCUGGUACAAAGAAAAGGAUUGGCCACCGCAGUUCCAAGGAGCCCCAUAUGAGGUGAAGCUAGAUAUCGGUUCCCACGUGUAUGCAUUGGUCGACCACUCUGGCUUGAUUCAAAGGGAGGCCCGAGAGAAGCCGGCCACCCUUGGAGCCAGUGGCUAUGGAAACGGGAAUGGAAAUGCAAAUGCCAAGCCGCAGGGCCGCUUUCAAAAGCGACAACGGGAGGACGGCAGCUGGGAACUCCUGGACACCAAGUCGGGCAAAGCCAGGGCCUGCUCCCCACCAGACUCCGAUGAGGACGCGCCACUGUUGCCGUAUUGUUACCAUCUGUUGCCAUUGCCCCCGUUAAUCAAAAGGGGUUAUAUCAUGUAA